UGAUUACUAUAUUUUGAUUGGACCAAACACACACUAUAAUUUGUACAUUUUUUUUCUUAUAUAGAAGUGUAUCCUACAAGGCUGAGCAUAGAUCUUACAUCAGUCUAGCUAAAUGGAUUCAUCAAGAAUCACUCUCCGUCCAUACAGAUCAACGGACGUUGAUGAUGUACUCUCAUGGGCAUCCGAUGAUCGCGUAACCCGCUCCAUCCAUUUCAGUACAUUGAUUUCCAAAGAUGAAGCCCUCACCUUCAUCCACAAAUCCUCCAUUCCUUGGCGUCGAUCCAUAUGCAUUGACGAUCGUUCAGUCGGAAUCGUGGUGGCUCGGCCCGGAUCAGGCGAUGAUAGGUGUCGGGCCGAGGUAGGAUAUGCUUUAGCAGUUGAGUUUUGGGGACAGGGGAUUACACCCAAGGCUGUAGAGAUGGCAAUUCCUUUGAUUUUGGAAGAGUUUCCUGAAAUAGUAAGACUGCAAGCAUUAACUGAUGCUAAGAAUAAAGCAUCACAUAGAGUGUUGGAGAAGGCUGGGUUUAGAAAAGAGGGUAUGUUUAGAAAGUAUUUUUACUUCAAAGGUGAAAUCAAGGACGUUGUACUUUAUAGUUUUCUUUCCACUGAUUCAUGACAUUUAUAACUUGCUUGCUUGGACCUGAUAUAUUGUAUUGUUAGUUUAAAUACAUUGAUUGAAUACUUUGAAUUCAAAAGAAGCGUUGAGUUUUAUCAAGAA